AUGGCAACGUCCAGCUUCCAACAGAGUGGCCGUAUUCGGGGCUCGAAACGCGACCCUGCAGAGCAGAUCCCGAUCCCCAAAGUUAUCACAGAUAUCAUACGGAAGAAAACUGGGAAUAUUAACAGAACCAGCGUCAAAUUCGCUAUCAAGGACAUCGCUCGCUUGUUAGUCAAAAGCUCUCUCUCCAAGACCGGCAAGACAGGAACAGCGUUGGUCAUCUUCUGUGAUCCAGUCCCCGGACGAUAUCUGGCUAUGAUGCAGAGCAGUGAUCGCGAGGUUUUAUCUGGUGACGGUGAUGAUGAUGGAGAGUCGUCAGUGGAUGUCAACAUCAAGUUCAUUGGGACAGCACAGUUAUACGAACCUCAAUCUGAAGAAAACAUCGUUACCAAGAAGUAA